AUGGGUAUCAAACAACUCUACCAUGUCAUCGCCGAGGAGGCGCCCGACGCCAUCAAGACUGGGGAGAUCAAGAACCACUUUGGGAGGAAGGUUGCGAUUGAUGCGUAUGCUUCAUCCAUGAGUAUCUACAGCUUCCUGAUAGCGGUCCGCUCAGAUGGCCAACAGCUCAUGUCUGACACGGGCGAGACCACGUCCCAUCUCAUGGGCAUGUUUUACCGCACUUUGCGAAUGGUCGACAACGGCAUCAAGCCACUCUACGUUUUCGACGGCGCGCCCCCCAAGCUCAAAUCUGGAGAAUUGGCGAAGCGUUUUGCUCGAAAGAACGAAGCGAGUGACCAACAUGAAGAGGCAAAAGAGACGGGCACGGCCGAAGAGGUGGAGAAAUUUUCCAGGCGCACAGUCAGAGUCACGCGAGAGCACAACGACGAGUGCCGGCGGCUGCUCAAGCUGAUGGGCAUCCCCUAUAUUGUCGCUCCUACGGAAGCCGAAGCCCAGUGUGCAGUUCUAGCGCGUGCAGGUAAAGUGUACGCGGCAGCGUCCGAGGACAUGGACACGUUGACGUUCAACUCGCCAAUCUUGCUCCGGCACUUGACAUUCAGUGAACAGCGCAAGGAACCCAUCCAGGAGAUACACCUGGACAAGACCUUGGAGGGGCUCGGUAUGGACAGGGACCAGUUCAUCGACCUAUGUAUACUUUUGGGGUGCGACUAUCUGGAUCCCAUCCCCAAAGUCGGCCCGAACACAGCGUUGAAGCUCAUCCGCGAGCACGGCUCCCUGGAAGGGGUUGUCGAGUUCAUUGAAAAUGACGCCAAGAAGAGAUACACGAUUCCGGAGGACUGGCCAUACAAGGAGGCGAGAGAGUUGUUUCUGCACCCUGACGUGCGAUCUGCCGAUGAUCCAGAAUGUGACUUCAAGUGGGAAGCCCCUGACAUCGAGGGUCUCGUCCAGUUCCUCGUUCAUGAGAAGGGUUUCAACGAGGAUCGCGUCCGAAGCGCGGCUCAGAAACUGCAGAAAAAUGUUAAAACCGCUCAACAGUCGCGGCUCGAGGGGUUCUUCAAAGCCGUGCCCAAGACCGAAGAGGAGAAGAAGAGCCUGAAACGCAAGCACGACGAGAAGAUCGCGGAGGCUAAGAAGAAAAAGAAGGAAGACGCCAAGACUAAGAAGGAGUCCAAGUCCAAGGCGCACCUGUCGACCUGA